UGUUUAACUGGGUACUCUAGUAGCUAGAACUCGAGCUUGUCUUGAUAAUGAACAAAUCUCGAGUCCGAAUAACUCACAAGCAACUAAUCUAAGAACUUUGCACAGUGAAAUAAUGGAAAAAAAAUUUGUACAUAAAAAGUUGAAAGCAAAAGAAAGUAGAACAUAAAAACCUUCUUAAUUCGAAAGUCAAUAGUUCUUGGUAACUCGCAAGUGAUCGACGUCAGUAACCACUUGACAUUCCUGAUUCCCCGUCUGUCUGUCUCUCACUCCCGCCAAAAAGGCCCAAGAGAACCCAUUUCUCUCAACCCCCAGAAAAGGAAUGCCACCGAAACGAAAGCCCACCACAGCCCCCGCCACCGAAGAUCCGGCAUUCCCGGGCCUGGAACCAGGUUCCCAGGUGGAGAUCAGUUCCAACGACCCUGGAUUCCGAGGCUCGUGGUACAUCGGCACGAUCAUCAAGCGUGUCUCUAAAAGAAACCCCAACAAGUUUUUGGUCGAAUACACCCACCUUUUCCAAGACGAGGCCGGGACUAAACCGUUGAAGGAGACCAUCAACGCAGCGGAUUUACGCCCUCUGGCCCCCCGAGAAAGAGCAAGGAAGUUCAAGUUCGGUGAAGAGGUGGAUGCUUAUCACCAUGACGGCUGGUGGGAAGGGAUGAUUACGAAGGAGUUGGAGAAUGGAAAGUUUCAUGUUUACUUUAAGAGGUCAAAAGAGCAGUUGGAGUUUGGAGAGGAUCAGCUGAGGCUUCAUAGAGAGUGGAUUAAUGGGUCUUGGAAGCCACCAUUGGAGGACGAUGAGCAAGUAGAGGAGAAAGUAUCAGAAGAAAAAGAAGUGAAGCCUAACAAUGGAAAGACUGAGGAGAUGAUGUCUAACAGCACAAAAAUUGAAAACAAUUCUGACAAAGAAGUGAUUGAAGGAAAGCUGGAGUCUGACAAAGCUGUUACUCAAGAGAAGCUGGAGUGGGACAAUGCAGCAACCGAAGAAAAGUUAGAGUCUGAUAAAGCAGGGAGUGGAGAGAAGUUGGAGUGUGGCGAGAUAACAACAGAGGAAAAGUUUAGUGAAGGAGCGCAUGUUGAGGUGACCAGUGAUGAAGAUGGUUUUGAAGGUGCUUGGUUUGCUGCAACUAUUGUUAAAGCAAUGGGGAAGGACAGGUACCUAAUUCAGUAUGAGAGCUUGAGAACUGAAGAUGACACUGAUUUCUUAAAGGAAGAGUUUGAUACCCUGCAUAUUAGGCCUUGUCCACCAGAAAUUGUUGUGGCUGAUCGAUUCAAAAAGCUUGAUGAAGUUGAUGCUUUUUACAAUGAUGGCUGGUGGGUGGGUCUGAUUUCUAAGGUUCUUUCUGAUUCAAAAUAUGAAGUCUUCUUUAGGACUACAAAUGAGAAAAUGAAGUUUAAACACUCUGAGUUAAGGCUGCAUCAGGACUGGAUUGAUGGAAAAUGGGUUGCAGCUUCCCAGGCGUUAUAGUCAUGAUUGCUGCAGAAGGAGAGGUUUCAAGCAUGUCCGUGAUCACUGGAUUAUCAGAUGAUUCAUCAUUGACAAUGCACCAGCUUGGGGCCUUUUUUCCAGAAUCAAAGUAGAGGCAGAUCUUUUCCCUUUUUCAGCUUAUCACAUUUGUUGCUGGUGAUUGCUUCUGUAACCAAUUUUAGGCAUUCAUGGGCAUUUGUUUUAGACUGCGAUUACCUCAAAGGCAACAUUGAAUUCCGUAGAGCAUAUUAAAACGCCAUUUAUAUGAAUGGCCUACUCUUUCCAGGUCUAUUGACUUUUCCUAGUCUUUGCA